CUGAAUUUCACCGACGGACCGGAUGUUGAUCAAACAUGGCGGCGACCUUGUGCGAGAGCCUGCUGUAAAUCACAACCGAGACAAACAUGAAGAUUCAUACCUGUUAAUACUUUAUACGUCUAAUUAAAUUCUAACAUCAGCCAUGUUCUCAGCACUAAAGCGCGCGUUUCUGGGUUCUCUCCAGUCAUCAAGCCAAGCAGAUGUUCUUCAGAGUAACCUGAAGCUCCUGUCAGCAGGACUGAGGACUUAUGAAGUCCCACCAAACUUCAGUGAUGUGGUUCUACCAGAAAAGCCCAAGCUGAAGUUCAUGGAUAAGGUCCCGAACCUGAAACAAGCGAAGAAGGAGAUGAAGAAGCUGCGUGACAUCCAGGGACCGGCCAAAAGCGGCACUACCUUCAGGGACGGCCAGUACGGGAUAGUGGCUCUGGGUGGAGGUUAUCUUCAGUGGGGUCACAUGGAGAUGAUGAGGCUGAACAUCAACCGCCGCAUGGACGCCAGCCGGACGUUUGCUGUGUGGCGCAUCAAAGCCCCGCACAAACCCAUCACGAGGAAGGGCCUGGGCCAGCGCAUGGGCGGCGGGAAGGGCGUCAUCGACCACUACGUGACCCCGGUCAAAUACGGCCAGCUGGUGGUGGAGGUCGGAGGUCGCGUGGAGAUGGCCGAGGUGGAGACCGUGCUCAAAGAAGUGGCCAAGAAGCUUCCUUUCCCAGCCAAGGUGGUGAGCAGAGAGAGUCUGGCCGAGAUGUACGAGGAUCAGGCCAAAUGGGCCGCAGACAACCAGAACCCCUGGACCUUCCAGAGAGUGGCCCGCUCCAACAUGCUGGGCAUCCGCAAAGUCCUGAGCCCCUUCGACAUCCACAACCACGGGCGCUUCACCGGGAAGUUCUUCAACCCCGGGCGGGUGUAGCGUGUCUGAAAAAUGACAGCAUCAGCGCUUCUCGCGGCCAGGAUGUGGUGCAGAGCGCUCUAAUAGACUCCUGAUUAAUAUCUGCUGCUCCGAGGGGCCUGCCGUUCACUUAUCAGGCGUCUUCUGCAGCGCUCGGCAGAUUUGAUCAUCCUGGAGAGGUUACGAUAAAUCGGAGGGAUCGGCCGAUUUCUUUGAUCAGAUGUGCAGGAGUGUGUGUUCUGUGUAUAUGUUGUGAGACCAAUACUAAAUAAACCUGAUUUCUUUGCA